AGCAAACUGCUACCCAGAAUGUCAGCUGCCAAGGGGUUCCGGUGGAACUGAGGGGCACAUAGUUGGUGCCUGGGAGCUGGCCUAUCUGGCCACUCUCUCCAGUGGGCAGGAAGUUCACUGGGGCCCCCUUCUGUGCAACCCCUUCUGCCAACUGGGGCACCUCAGCUCAGCCCAGAGUAGAGGUGUCAGGAAAUACCUCUCUACCCAAGCUUCCUCUCCCAGUUCCCAAACUUAGAGGCCCAGCAUAGGGCCUAGAAUUCACUCAGGCUUGGUGGCUGUUUGUUCAACAGUCAAUCAAUCAGCAUGGAUCACCGAAGCCGAUCUCGCAGCAGAGGCCUGAGCCGAAUCCCUGGGACUCAGUCCCGAACCCCCAGUGCCCCACUCCCCUUGCAUGUGGAACAGGAGGCCAGGGAAGGAGAAGAAUGGGAGCAGGGAGAGCUCGCUCGUCAGAGGACUGCUACCAACAUGCCCUUGGAAAGUGAAGAGUUGGCAGACAACGUUAUGAUUUCCAAGCCAGCACCUUAUUGGGAAGGAACCGCUGUGAUAAAUGGAGACUUUAAGGAGCUCAAGUUAACUGAUUAUCGUGGAAAAUACCUGGUUUUUUUCUUCUACCCACUUGAUUUCACUUUUGUGUGUCCAACUGAAAUUAUCGCCUUUGGUGAUAGAAUUGAAGAAUUCAGAUCCAUAAACACGGAAGUGGUGGCCUGCUCUGUUGAUUCACAGUUUGCCCAUUUGGCCUGGAUUAACACCCCUAGAAGGCAAGGAGGACUUGGGGCAAUAAAGAUUCCACUUCUUUCAGAUUUGACACAUCAGAUCACAAAGGACUAUGGCGUAUAUCUGGAAGACUCAGGCCACAGUCUUAGAGGUCUCUUCAUUAUCGAUGACAAAGGGAUCCUAAGACAGAUGACUCUGAAUGACCUUCCUGUGGGUAGAUCGGUGGAUGAGACACUGCGCUUGGUCCAAGCAUUCCAGUACACCGACAAACAUGGAGAAGUCUGCCCUGCUGGCUGGAAACCUGGUAGUGAAACAAUAAUUCCAGAUCCAGCUGGAAAACUGAAGUAUUUUGACAAACUGAACUGAAAAUACUUCCUCAGGCUAUGAUGCUUGAACGCUUUCAAUAAAGCACAAUUAAAAAAAAAAGUUUAAGGUCCUUACU